AUGAAUUUACAACUGACUACUAAACAACAACAAAAAUUAAUAAAUAUCCAUCAAAGUUUCCAACCAAAUCCUAAUGUGAAUAUACAAUUUAAUCCUGGAACAAUUAAAGUAAAAGUAAAUAACUAUGAAACAACUGUAGUAAUUCCUAAAACAAAAACCAAGAAGAAACCAAUGAGUAAAUACAUUGAAGAUGCAUUUGAUACAGAAUAUGAACUUGAUCAAAUUGUUAAUAAUGAAGAAAAUUUUGACACUCUUCUGAGAUUUAUAAUUGAUUCAAGUAAAUCUAAUGAUGAAAGAAUAACCACAAAUCAGAUUAAAAGAGAUAUCUGGAAUAAAAUUCAAAGAAAUGGAACUUGUUUCUUAAGAAUUGUUCAAAAAUCCAAUAAAAUAACUGAAGUUGUAGGAGAGUUCCUAUCUCAAAGAUUUGAACAUAUUACUUUCACUUGGCUAAGUUAUAAUAAAAAUAAAGAGUUUGAAAACUUUUUAAUUAAACUUAAAGUUAAGUAUAAGCAAGAUAUUGAACUUCUUGCAAAAGCUCAAGAGUAA